AUGACUUCCCGGAAGACUCGCCUGACUAUUCAACCGUUCAAGUACGUGUCCAUGUCGGAGGUUACUUUGGAGCAGGCUCAAAAAAGCUGGGAGAAACUGGAGAAAGCUCUCGUGCGCAUCUUCGCUCGUGACCACCAGGACCUCUCUUUCGAGGAGCUCUACCGAACCGCGUACAACCUCGUGCUACACCGCUAUGGAGAGCUGCUGUAUGAAGGACUUGAGCGAGGGUUUCACUAUCAGGCGCAGCUGGUACGCAGCACGGUGCAGUCGCGAGCCCACAGAAGCGAAGUGCUGCUCGAGUCGCUGCGAACGCGCUGGCAACUGUAUAAGAACGCGGUGCGCACCGUUCGGGACGUUUUCAUGUACGCUGAUCGUAGUUUCAUCCGCUCUACUGGCAGGACACCUGUGUACGAACUCGGAAUGAGCGCGUUUAGGGACGACGUUCUCCGCGACCAAACGUUUGCGACCCAGCUCGUCGACGCGAUGCUGGACGUGGUCACGCGCAGCCGCCUCGGGGAGCAACCGCCUCUGACACUGCUCCGUGAUACACUUGAUAUGUAUAUAGAGCUUGACAUGUAUGCUGAAGCUUUCGAAGGACGCUUCUUGCGAGUCUCGCGUGAGUUCUACACCCUCGCAGCGGCCCGCGUGCUCCAGACCUGUUCUGGCCGGUCGUAUUUACAACAUGUUCGAGAGUGGUUCCUCUUCGAGGAAAAAUUAGCGAACGAAUGUCUAGCAGUACGCACGACUCGAACUGCAUUACAGACGCUUUUGGGUGAAAUCUUGCUCAGCGAGCACCUGAAUGAAAUUCUCGACACGACGGAUACGGGGUUUCUUCAACUCCUGCAAUCUCAGCGCUUAGAAGACCUGCAAAUGAUGUACGAUCUCUUGAUGCGUAUUCCCGAAGGUGUGGAUGCGAUGCGUGGCCGACUCGCACCCUACGUUCGUGAAAAAGUACGCGCUGACUUGGUCAGAGGUGCGAGCGCAUUGGAGCAGCCGCUUGAAUGGGUUGCGCGAGCAAUGCAUCUCAAGGACGAGUUCUACAAUCUGCUCGCCGCGCUCCAGAUGGAUCCAAAGUUUGUUCGCGCCGUUCAGGAGGGUUUCGAAGAGGCUCUGAACGAAUGUCCCUGUGCCCAGGAGUUUCUAUCCCUCUAUAUCGAUAAGGCGCUGCGGGAGUCUCCGUCGAUUUCUCGGGAGGCAACACGCGCUGCACUCGAGCAUGCCUCAGGCCUGUUUCGUUUGUUGCGGAAUAAGGACGUUUUUGAGCAGCAUUACAAGGUGCAUCUCUCGCGGCGUCUUUUGCGACGAUUCGCGAGCAACACCGUGGUGCCCCCGUCGGCGAACGAUGACGCAGAGCAGCAUUUUAUCAGCAAAUUGCGGGAAGAGUGCGGCGCCGUGUACACUGCAAAACUCGAGGCGAUCCUGCAAGACAUGCGCACCAGUGACGAACUGAAUGCCGCAUAUCGCCGACACCAGGAGAUGAUCCAGCUCUAUGGUUCGCGCGCGCGACCCAUGCUCCAAGUAUGCGUCAUUACGAACGGUAUUUGGCCCGUGGCUGAGGCACCCACUGCCCAGAUACCCGCUUGUCAUCCCGAGUUGGUCGAGAUUACGCAAGAAUACGAGAAAUUCUACCAUGAGCGGCAUGCGAAACGUCGGCUCCAGUGGCUCCUCCAUCAGGGGAGCGCCGAGCUCUGCAUGCGGCUCAGCGACGAGGGUCCAGCGCUCUCACUGAAAGUGACCUCGUUGCAGAUGCUCAUUCUACUCCUAUUUAACAAUGCAGAGGCAUUGACUGUACAAGAGAUGCUCCGACUGCUGCAGUUCCCGGGCCUAUCCCCAGAGUUAAUGCGAGCUUUGAGGGCACUUUGCGACAGUAGACAUGCAAUCUUGGUAAGGGCUGCAAACGGUCCAGUUAUCUGCAACCGCGACGUAUUUCGAGUGAACAAAGCAUUCCAAAGUACGACGCUUGACAUAGACCUCACCGACACCGACCAUGUCGAUGAGAAUGCGGGCGUCGAGCGAGCAGCGCGCUCAUCGGAGCUGCUGGAGCGGGAUCGCCGUCCCGAGAUCACCGCAUGCGUCAUGCGCAUCCUCAAGCGUCGACAGGAACUUGAGCACAGUCAGCUGGUCGCCCAAGUUAUCGAUGAGUUGCACAACCGAUUCGUACCGACGGUUGCCGAGGUCAAGAGGGAGAUCGAAGCUCUUCUCGAACGGGAGUACAUUGCGCGAGAGAGUGACGAACUCACCGUCUAUCGCUACAUUCCCUGA